CUCGCCCUCGUCCUGCUGGCUUCAGCGGCGGUGCUGCCUGGCGCUCAGGCGGCGCCCUUUCAAGAAGUUCAAGAAGUUUGGCGGCGGCGGCCUCGGCCACGGCGGCGGCGGCUUCGGCCAGCACGUGCUGAUUCCUACCCCGAUCUUCGUCCAGCCCACCUACGGCUCUGGCUACGGCCUCGGCGGUGGCUAUAGCGGUGGUCAUGGAGGUUUCGGAGGCGGAUUCGGAAGCGGCGGAUACGGCGGAGGACUUGGACACGGUGCAGGAUUCGGACACAGCGGAGGACUCGGUGGAGGAUUCGGACACAGUGGAGGAUUCGGUGGAGGAUUCGGACACAGCGGAGGACUCGGCGGAGGAUUCGGACACAGCGGAGGAUUCGGCGGAAGAUACGGUUCCUAUGGACGGUAAAAGCCGAUUGGAAGUGAAGAUUGAGUGCGUAAUGCAUCUAAUUUAGUUCUAGAUUUUUAUAUUUUUGUAUUAUGUCAUCAUCUUACAUGGUGUAAGAAGGAAAAUACUUCUUUUCGGUAAAAUAAAUUCUAAAAAUGAAAGUAUAA